AUGGCCGCCGCCCUGAAUCGAUUCAUCAGUUGUUCCUCUGACAAAUGCCAGCCAUUUUUCACCCUCCUGAAAGGCAGCCGAAAGAGCUUCAAUUGGACAAAAGACUGUGAUCGAGCCCUCCAGCAGUUGAAGACUUACCUUUCCAUGACCCCACUCCUCGUCACGCCUCGGGAUCAGGAGGACUUGUUCCUAUACCUAGCCGUCUCUCCGCACGCCAUAAGUUCGUCGUGCCGCAUCGUCGUCCUCACAGAAUAUCCUCUUAAAUCUCUCCUUCGGAAGGCGGACAUUUCUAACCGAAUCUCUCAGUGGGCUGUCGAGCUCGCGAACUAUGAAAUUCAUUUCCAGCCUCGGACAGCAAUCAAAGCUCAGGCCCUUGCCGACUUCAUCGCUGAACUCACUCCAAUCGAUCCUCCCGCUUCGGGUCCAGCUCCAAGCACCGAAGCCAUACUCCAGGCAAGCCCAAGCACAGCAUGGAAGCUUUUCAUGGAAAUGUGUGGAAGAUCCUCUAACAACGAGGCUGAGUACGAAGCACUGAUCUCAGGACUCAAGACGGUUGAGGCCCUGGGUAUGGAAGAACUUGUGGUUUACAGUGAUUCCCAAUUAGUAGUCAACCAACUCUCCGAGGAAUACGAAGCUCGGGACGAUCGAAUGCAUACCUACCUUAGCUCUGCUGUUCGACUCAUGAAGAAUUUCAAAGCUAUCCGAGUCGAACAUAUCUUCAGGGAACAUAAUGCCCAUGCCGACGCCUUUACAGGGCUCGCUUCGGCUUGCUCCUCCUUGGGACACCGUUCUAUUUCCUUCAAUUCCGUUGACAAGCCUAGUUUUGAGCUUGAAAUAUUGAACCAAGAGGUACUUAACAUAGAGCUCGGACCGAGCUGGAUGGAUGAAAUCAUUGGUUACCUGCGAGAUGACAUCCUUCCUCCCGACAAGAAGGACGCUCACCGACUCCGCAAUAAAGCCGCUCUCUUCUGGCUCAAUCCGAACGGUAAGCUCUACCAAAGGUCCUUCACCGGCCCGUAUCUACUGGUUGUACACCCCCACCAAGUACAAGGCAUCAUCGAAGAGCUCCAUGCUGGCGAUAGCGGUUGCAACUCCAAUGGACGGUCCCUCGCUCACCGAGCCAUCUCCCAAGGCAAUUGGUGGCCAACAAUGAAGAAGGAUUCUGAAGAAUUUCUCCCCGUUGCUCCGGGAGGAUUCAAGUUCCUCUUAACCGCCACCGACUAUUUCUCGAAAUGGGUCGAAGCUGAGCCCUUUGUAACCAUCGAAGAAACAGACAUCAUUCGUUUCGUUUGGCAAAAUAUCACUUCACACUUCGGGGUCCCCUUCGCCAUCAUCAUGGACAAUGGACGGCAGUUUAUCGGUCAAAAAUACCGAUCCCUAUUAGACGAAUACGACAUCAAAUGA